UUUCAUGUUUUUCGUCGCUAUUUUGUGUUCUACCCGUUCUGCCGUAACACUACCAACACAAAAACAUAAGAAAAAAUGUAUUAUUCAAAUUCUAGAGGGCGCCGCCAGUCAACAUGUUGAUAAUACCGAUUCCUACCUUGUUUGUUUUGCGUCGUGAAAAACGACAAAUAUGGCGUCGUAGCUGUCAGUGUUUGUGUUUCCCCACAAAAACAUUGCUUUUUAUUUCGGAAAUUCUGCGAUAACGCCCAGUUUUAUCAGAAUUUCAGUGACGAAAGUGUCUCAUACUUAUUGCCAAGAUGUAGAGGUGCGAAUAUUGAUAUCCACUUUUAGUGUUACUUCAUCCUUGUGAGUGAUUAAUAGCCUCUUAUUUUUGGUAAAAAUGGAAAGUAUCGGGGAUUACGAGUACAACACUAAAGAUAUAAUAGGGCAUGGAGCCUUCGCCGUCGUUUUUAAAGGACGUGAGAAAAAGAAUCCGUCGAUGACUGUGGCCAUUAAAUGCAUAACGAAGAAGAACAUCGCGAAACAGAGCUUAUUGGGGAAGGAAAUAAAAAUUUUACAGGAACUGACCGAGUUACAUCAUGAAAAUGUCGUCGCUUUGUUUGAUUGCAAGGAGUCGGCCAACAGCGUUUAUUUAGUGAUGGAGUAUUGCAAAGGGGGCGACUUGGCCGAUUAUCUGGGAGCCAAAGGCACUCUAAGCGAAGACACCAUCCGACUAUUCCUCAUCCAAUUAGCCGGAGCAAUGAAAGCUCUAUCAGCCAAGGGAAUCGUCCACAGAGACCUGAAACCGCAAAAUAUCCUAAUCACUUACGAUGUACCCAACCCUCCGCCGUCUCAGAUUAAAUUGAAAAUCGCUGACUUCGGUUUCGCGCGAUUUCUACAAGACGGUGUAAUGGCGGCCACGUUAUGUGGUAGUCCCAUGUAUAUGGCACCGGAAGUGAUUUUAGCCCUGCAGUACGACGCCAAGGCGGACUUGUGGAGCCUCGGGACCAUCGUGUUCCAGUGCCUGACGGGGAAAGCGCCCUUCCAGGCCAACACGCCGCAGGCGCUCAAACAGAUAUACGACACGACGAUGAAUCUGGUGCCAAAGAUUCCUCACGGUACCAGCCCUGAAUUGACCGACCUUCUCCUGGGUCUCCUCAAGCGCAACGCCAAAGAACGAAUGAACUUCGAUCAAUUUUUCAACCACAGAUUCUUGAAGAGGGUGGAAACACCAAAAGCUACCAGCCCCCUGCAAAGUGAUAUGCCUUUACCCAUCGGCACUCCACCAAGUACCUCCACCGUGCCAGUGAGCAGUCCGCGCCCCGUCAGAGGCAACUCGGUUUCGCACCCGGACCCACCAGAAUCUCCACGAUCUACAAGAACUGCUCUUAGUUCGAGCCCUGAAGAUGAUUAUGUUAUAGUGUCGAGAAACAUCCCGGACCAGUCAACUGAAAGUGUGGAACUGGAGAAACAGUUUAAAAUGACGACGGUGAGGUCGCCACCGGCACCAUGUGGUCCUGUUGCGAGUCCUGUGAGACCGACCUUCUUGCCGGUAGCAGAACCGGUUCCUGUACCCUCAAUGAAAGAUGUAUAUUUGCAGAUGACCAGUCAGACUGAAAAGAAAGAAGAAGUGCAAACUCCCAAUAAGCAGCCAGUUGUAAAUAGCAAUGUGCCGAGAUCACAGCCGAUCAGUAUGAAACGAUCGGAAAACAGGCCAAUGCAAAAUGACAUCGACAUUAGUUCCUUGUCGCCACCUUCUGUAAAAUUUGUAAUCGGGACACCACCCGGCGGUCGGCGGCGAUCUACCUCCGGGGGUAGCUUGUGCGAGACGCCGCCUCCGACGAACUUCUGGACGCCGUCACCAGUAGCAAAAACGGCACCUGUCAAUUCACCUCUUCGACGUUCGGUUUUUUCAGGGACGUCUCCUCCCAUGCUGAGUGGGCCUUUGGCCCGAAUGCCCAUUUUGAGCAGCCCUAAUUUAAAUAAUGAAAAUAAUAAUCCCAAUCGGUCGCCCAACAUGCCCUAUUGCACCAGAGCUGUGACCUUGCCCGAAAUUUCCGAAAUACGCAAUUAUGGGGUGUUUAAUGACAGUUACGACCAGCAUCCGAUUACGUUCCUGGCACCAGAGCUACCAGAAGAGACUCUUUUAGAGAAAGAGCACAACGAAACUCUAGCCAAAAUCAAUUUCGUAUUGGCCCUUUGUAACUGCAUCCUAGACCUGGCCGCCGUGCGUUCGACACCAAUCGGAGCCCUUCACGACUCCGUGCACCUCCAAACCCAAAUACAAAACGAACUGGUGAAAAGGGCCGAGCGGUUCGUCCUUUUGGUCCGAGCUUUGCAGCUUCUGGGCUCGGGAUUAGCGCUGGCCACCACACAAAUGAAGUCCGGCCAAUUGCGGCCGAGUUCGAAAGUAAAAAAUGUCAUGUCGAGUCUGAACAGCAAGUUCAGGACGACCUUGGCCGAAUGCAAGCAGAUGAACAGCACGGAGCUCAUGGCGAAGGUUGCGGAUAUCACGGCGGAUAAGCUGCUGUAUGAUCACGCUGUACAAAUCUGUCAGGCCGCUGCGCUCGACGAGCUCUUCGAUAAUCCGCAGCAGUGUUUUGAGCGGUAUCAAACUGCGCAGAUUCUGCUGCAUAGUUUGUCACAGCAAGUACCUCAGCAGGAUAGGGCGCUGCUCAUCAAAUAUAAAGAAGCGGUGGAAAAACGCCUCUUCGUUCUCCAGCAAAAAGGAUACGUAUAUUCGACGGAUCUCAGUCAGAUGAACUAAAGAAAAUCUGUUUCGGCGCCAAUUUAUUCCAGAUAUAAAGUAUAAUGUAGUGAUAAUUAGGCAAUUUUGCUGUUAUAAGUCGACUUUAUUUCUACACCAAUAUUGUGAUUAUUUGUAUUAAUAUUAUUUAGGUAUUGUUGAUUCUAACCAUAUCGCUUUAUAUAUAGCAACCGUUUCACCGACGGAGUAGAAGAUGAUUGAAACUGGGUAUUUUGUUUUGUGUUGGUACCAGAUCGACCCAUGACGAACGGAUACGCCCAGAAUUAUUCCGACUUUUUUGCGGGCAUCCCACUCGUGUUUUCAUUACUUGAUUGAAUUCUUUAAUUUCGAUAUGUACGCCAACGCGAUUGAUGAAUAAUGUGAGGUGUGUUCGAAUUGGGUAAUCCCUUGUUUCGGUUAUGCAUUCGCGCAACUGGAUAAAACAAAACAGUUGAUAUCGAAAACUGAAAGCUUGUCGUAAAAAUGUAAAUAUUAAGAGAAACCGUUGCGUAGUCUACAAUUGUCGAUUCUUCUCUUCCGCCAGAUUGCAUGUUGGGCAUGACAGGUGCGAUUACAAAGACUUGAGAGUAUAGUGAUUUAUCAUUUUUGUGUUUAAUUGUAUACAGAAACUCAUUAAAUAUGCAAUAAAAGUAAAUUUGUAGCGAA